UUGAAUGAAAACAUUUUUAGGGGGAGGAAAGAAGAAGAAGAAAAAUAAAAACUGGUUGGAAAAAAAUAAAAAGAUGGUUUCUCAGUAAAAUGAAUUAUCAUCUUCAAAGCUUCUUCAAAACUCUCCCAGUCAGCUUGAACGCCGUACGGAACCACCGUUGCUUUUCGGUCCAAUUCAGAAUCAGAAUUUGUCUUGAUAAGACAGAAAUGGAGGAGAAUGGUCUAUCUGGUGGUUCUGAGGUGGUGGUGGCUGACCCUGAUAAGUUAUCAAACAAAAUCUCUGCAAUUCGGGCUGCUGGUUCUGCAAAACUCCAAGUAAUUGCAGAUUUUGAUGCCACACUAACCAAGUAUUGGGUCAAUGGUCUUCGUGGGACAAUUUUAUUGAUAACAACCAUAGGUAGUCAUGGCCUUUUGCGACAGGUGAAUCCGGAAUAUGAUAUGAAAAGGAGGGAAUUGUAUUAUCACUAUCAUCCCUUAGAGUUUUCGCCAACAAUUCCAAUUGAGGAGAAAACAAAGCUCAUGGAAGAGUGGUGGGGAAAAACACAUGCUCUUUUAAUCGAAGGAGGUGUUACUUGUGAUGGCAUAAAGCAAUCUGUUGCUGAUUCUACAAUUGCUUUUAGGGAAGGUGUUGGCGAACUACUUGAACUUUUGGAGGAAAGAGACAUUCCUGUACUUAUAUUUUCAGCUGGACUAGCGGAUAUAAUUGAAGAAGUCAUGAGGCAGAAGCUUCACAAAUCUUUCAAAAAUGUGAAGAUUGUCUCAAACCGAAUGGUAUUCAAUGAAAAGGGCUGUCUGGUUUCUUUUAAAGGGAAGACAAUUCACACUUUAAAUAAGAAUGAACACGCACUUGAAAUGGCUGCUCCUCUCCACAAAGAACUGGGUGAUGUAGAUGAACCAACUUCUGACAAUUCAUCAGUAAAGACAAGAACCAAUGUGUUGCUUCUUGGUGAUCACCUUGGAGACCUGGGAAUGUCUGAUGGUUUGAACUAUGUGACCAGAAUUUCUGUGGGAUUUCUGAAUGAUAACGUUGAAAGCUCGCUCGAUGCCUACCGCAAUGCCUUUGAUGUUGUUUACUUGAAUGAUGCUCCGAUGUCUGGGGUUGUCAAACUUGUUUCUCAGCUGUGGUAAACUGAUGGUGGACAAGCUCCAACCCUAUGACCCCAUAGUGAAAUAGUUCCUACCUACCCAAUAACACUAGCUUUACAGCUGUGGUAAUUUUGGCUUUGCCCUAACCAAUCAGAAAGUUUGGAUAAAUAUUAUUGAUAGUAAUCUUUUAAUUAUACAAGUUCAGUUCAGCAA